AGAACAAAAUUGGUCCCAAAUUCAAAUUAAAAAAAACUUACAUGGGAAAGCAAUGAAACUUACACCGGAACUUAUCGAACGUUCACUUAGUUAUAUCAAUGCUGUUAAAGAUCGAGAACUUGAUCUACGAGGAAACAAAAUCCCUGCUAUAGAAAAUCUUGGUGUAUCUAAGGAUCAAAAUGACACGAUCGAUUUAACAGAUAAUGACAUUCGUGUUCUUGGAAAUUUUCCGUUGUUACGUCGUGUUAAGACUCUAUUAUUAGCAAAUAAUCGUAUUACUCGUAUUGAUCCACAAAUAUUCGAAUUCCUUCCUAAUUUAACAACAUUAGUUUUAACUAAUAAUAACGUAUCAGAAUUAUCAGAUCUUGAACCUUUAUCAGGAUGUUAUAGAUUACAAUAUAUUAGUUUAUUAGAUAAUCCUGUUACAAGAAAACAAUGGUAUAGAAGUUGGAUUAUUUGGAAAGUUAAAUCUGUUAGAGUCUUGGAUUUUAAGAGAGUUCGUGAUGUGGAACGCAAAGAAGCUAAACAAUUGUUCGAAACAUUAAAAGGUGAAAUGACUUCACUUGCAAAAUCUAUCUCUGAAGUUGCUUCCAAAACAUUCGAGCCGGGUGAGGGAUUUGUUUCAAGUAAAGGAGUUAAUCUUCCUAAAUCAAACUUACCCACGCUUGGAAUGUCAAUAGAGGAACAAUCCAAAAUUAAAGAUGCAAUUCGUAAUGCUAAAACUUUGGAAGAAGUUACGCGUCUUGAAAAGUUAUUACAAUCAGGUCAUAUUCCUGGAUCAAAACCUGGUGAAAUUGAAGAGGAUGAUGAAGAAAUGGAAGAUUGAAGAAUAUUUACUUAUGAAAUCAAUUUAAUUGUAUCACUUUUCUUUCUUUUUAUUUGUAUAUCGAAUAGACGUUUUAGUAUAGCAAAAAAAAACCAAGUUAUAUAAUUUUUAUUUUUAGAAUAGAAAUAUUUUUUUUUGUCGUUUUAUACAAAAUAAAUAUCUGCAAUAAUAUCCGUAUAGUUAUGUUC